AGGAAACUUGAGACCUACGCUGCCAACCACUGCACCCACCACCCUCAACCUAUUGAACAGACCGACGGUCCGCCCUACGGCUUAAAUCGAUCAUCGGCUUUUCGCUUCAAAUAUUCCUAGUACAAUGGCCGACCUUGCUACCACUUACGCUGCCCUCAUUCUCGCCGAUGAGGGUCUUGAAAUCACCGCAGACAAGAUUAACACCCUUUGCACUGCUGCCAAGAUCGACGUAGAACCGAUCUGGGCUACUCUCCUCGCCAAGGCUCUUGAAGGAAAAGAUAUCAAGGAUAUGCUUACCAAUGUUGGAUCCGGUGGUGGUGGCGCUGCCGCACCUGCUGUUGGUGGUGCUGCCCCUGCUGCUGGUGGUGAUGCUGCUGCACCAAAAGCCGAAGAGAAGAAAGAAGAGAAGGAGGAAUCCGAUGAUGACAUGGGUUUCGGUCUUUUCGAUUAAACUCGUCACGAAAUACCCUUCCAUAGCCCCUUUGAAUCUCAUUGCCGCUUGGUGCGAUGUUAGCAUGCACAUUCAAAACCUCUGCAAUCAAUCGAAUUUUGAUGAUUCAAAGCUUUUCACAACGG